AUGUCGGUACCGGGCAAGGACAGCGGUGCGGUGGUGCUUGACACUUCGAUGGGCCGCAUCGUCUUCGAGCUGUACUGGAAGCAUGCGCCCAAGACCUGCGCCAACUUCUACCAGCUGGCCAAGCAAGGCUUCUACGACGGCAUCGUCUUUCACCGCGUUAUCAGCGACUUCAUGGUCCAGGGAGGCGAUCCGACAGGCACUGGAUCUGGAGGAGCCUCGAUCUAUGGCGGUGCUUUCGAGGACGAGCUGCAUCCCGAGCUUCGGUUUGUAGGAGCUGGCAUUCUUGCGUCGGCCAACGCCGGGCCCAACACGAAUCGCAGCCAGUUCUUCGUGACACUAGCACCAACUCCUUUUCUCGACGGGAAGCAUACCAUCUUUGGCCGUGUAUCGGAUGGCAUGCAAGCAGUGCGCGAGAUCGGAGUCGCCGAGACCAAGGAUGACAGGCCUGUGGAAGAGAUCAAGAUCGUCAAAGGCUCAGUCGUCUAG